AUGAACAAAAGCCGUGUCCAGUUUAGGAAUCCGGAUAAUUUACCUAUUGAAAACGUAAAUAUACCAGUGACUGAUAAUGGUAUUGUACGAAAUAUUAAAGCUUUGGAUCCUCAUUGGGUGGAGAAAAAAGAUUUAAUAUUGUAUGAAAGGCCACCAUCAGGUGCCGAAUUAGUUUUGGGUGCAGUGGACGCUUGGAAAUCAAAAAUGGACGCAUAUUUAGAUAAUUUGAAAUGGCUACUUGAAUUAGAAUACCAUAGAUUCUGGAGUAAUAUAUUAUACCAUCCGACAUGUAUGGACAUGUUAGUAUCGUUCAUACAAGAAACGAAUCCACCGUACAUAUCCCCCCACGAUAGUAAAGACGUACAAAAAUUGUAUGAAGACAUACGUAGACUUGUUCUCAUUAUGUUUAGUAGGUUAAUUACAAAUAAAGAAAGCAAGACACAAUGGAUGACUAAGGAAUAUAUGGCAGAUCUAAUAUACGAUAAUUUUAUAUUCACAAUUCCAAUAUUAUGGGAUUUGUGUCUGAUAUAUGGUGCGGACAAUCCGAAGCAUAUAUCACAUUUAAUGAAUGCAGUGUUCACAUUACAACCGAAAUACUACAAUGAUGCCGUCCAAGCAUUGAUCUUUGUGCAAGAGGCAUUCAAAUACAUAAUUCUGCAAGUAAACAAAGACUAUGAGAGCGAUGAACCACCGAACCUUCCGGAGACUUUCAAAGGUUUCGGAGAGAUCAGGCGACCGACUGACAAUAAAACUGAUAAAAUAACGUUUAGCAUACUAAAGGAUCUUGUUAUACACAUGCUUGACACAGCCAUGACGUUGAGGAUAUUCAUUGAAGUUUAUCCGAAGUGUGUGGACAUUGUUAUGAAGACAAAUUUUGUACUGAGUAUAGUCCAACUAUACGAGUAUGGAAUUCCGCUGUUGUAUGAGAAGCUUCUGGAAGUAGGCGAUGAGACCAGCGUGCUGUAUACAGAAGUGGAAGGCUACAUAGAUUUGGCUAGAUCUGAACUGAUUGAUAUGCUGAAGGAGAUACUGGCUGCACACAAGAGUGCUAUAUUUAGUGGCGAAGGCAGUGUAGCAAGCAGUGUUGAGGCGUACUUAUCAGUUAUGAUGGACGUGCUCUCCGAGCGCCUCUUGAUAAAGGAUUACAACGCCUGCUACCCCGUCAGUGAAGACUUAGAGAUGUUGAAACAGGCGUAUCCUGACAUAGACACAGUAAAAACAGAUUUCAUACUCCAAGCAAUUUACUCCAACUUAGACGAACCCAUACCAGAGAUAUCCAAUGACAAUAGAGUCAAUAACGACCAUAUUGAAGUACCAAAUACCACAGAUAAUGAACCGGGUCCGUCCACAGAUAAUGAAAUACCGGAUAACGUUAGGGAGCAAUCUUUAAUCUGUGAAGUUAAGGAUAUCUUACCACAUUUAGGCGACGGUUUUAUUUUGAAAUGCUUGCAACACUACAGUUUUAAUUCUGAGCGGGUUAUCAAUGCGAUUUUAGAAGAUAAUUUGGCGGAUUCUUUGAGAGGACUAGACACCAGCCUCCCGAUCAUACCCGAAGACCCAUUAGACAAGAAAUACCUAGAGACCGGUAUACAAAGGUUGAACGUCUUCGAUGGAGAUCAGUUUGACAUCAUGACAAGGGAUGAUGUGGACGUCACCAAGAUACACGUGGGCAAGAAGAAGGAGAAAUACAGAAAUUUCAAGGAUAUGCUGAAUGAUAAGACCGAGAUUAAGAGCAGGAGUGACAUAUAUAGCAAGUAUAACAUAGUAUGCGACGAAGAAGCGAUGUACUCCGAUGAGUAUGAUGAUACGUAUGACUCAGACGGUGUAGCUCCCACUGCAGACCAGACUGAUGAACUUCGUCGACCUUUCGUCACGCCGCGAGCCCUAAUGACCGGAAGGAGAGACGCCCGUGAGGAGUCAGAAGAGUCGGAAGAAGUAGAAGAAGAGAAGCCCGCUAAGAGUAAAAUGGACUUCUGCGUAAAUCCGGAAGAGAUGCGCGCGCGCAGGGAGGCGAACAUGCAGGCGCGGCGCGGGAGGGGGCACCGGCCCCCACCUCCCAGGAAUACUGACGUCGUCGGCAAGCCGAAGGGUCAAGGUCAAGAGAAAGAAACUCUAUUAAAUAGGGAUAGAAAAGAAAAGCACAAGUCUUCAAGAGGCAACCACAGUAGACGGCAAGGAGCUCAGUGGAAGCGAAGCCAAGGGAUGAUGCCUUCGUAGUUCUGUUUUGUUUAUAAAUGCAUCUGUAUAUAGAUAUGAAAAUUA